UUCACAAUUAUUGUAUUGUGAUAUAAUAAUCUAAAAAUAAUGGGGAAUCAGUGAUCAGGCAAUAGGUUUGGCAAAACAGUCCGUUUAUCAUGAAUUGAGGCUAACAAUGAACCUGGGGAGAAGAACCAGACUCCGUUCCCUGAAGAAGAUGAUAUACAUAAAUAAAAUAGACAAAUAUGUUGAAAAUUUUCAUCGGGAUAAAUAAACAUUCCAGAGCAAAGAAAUCUAUGAGUGGCCUCCAGAAGAAAAAUAUUAACACGAAAUGUAAGGAGGAAGAGAUUACAACUAAGCUUGAAGGCAAGAGGUUAUCACGAUCAGUCCCUCCAGAAUAUAGGCAACCACAGAAGGAGAUUUCUAAACCAGGUUCUAGACCUAGGCAUUUCCCUAAAAUAAAUGUAUCUGAAAGUCAUCUCAGUUCUCGCUUGGAAUGUGAGAAUGGGAAUAAGGGAGAUCGGACUGCAGACAAGGAUUCUGGAGGGAGUUCCCACAAAUAUCCGAUAGUCGGUCUUAGCAAAUUCAAGAAUAGGUUAAUCAAUAAUAAACCUGGAAAUAUAGUUUAUCAUGAUAAAAAGGGAGUAAAAAUCAACCCUCGAAGUAAACACUCGUCUAGUGGUAUCGAUGAAGGGGCUUCUUCUAUGGGUCUUUCACUAAACAAUUUAAACUUCAUGUCAUUAGUAAGAGGUAAUGAUGGAACUCCCAGUCAUAAGCUGAGCUCUAACGAACUCAACCUUGCUGUCAAGAAUGAUGAGAAAUCAGUUAGGAUGGAGAACGACGAUGGCUAUGAGACUCCUAACCUCGGUUUCCAAGAUCAUCCAAGCAUGAAGGAUUUAUGAAGAAAUUCCAAAGAGCUCAGAGAGUUAGAAGGCAUGAUUGAGGAAAAUAAAAUUACUAAUAAUAUCAACCAAGAUUCAUCCGAUUGUGACGCUGUGAACCUAAUUCUCAAUGCUAACGAUAAAUCAGCAGAACUUAUACCAGAUGAUCUUGAUGAAUCUUCAAGCUCAGAUGAGAAGAGUAGUCUUAGUGAUGAGAGCUUGCAAGAAAUCACAAUGGAGAAGGUCAUGCAAGUUGAGAGAUAUCGCAAGCCAAGAGAUUCAAGUUAUAAAGAACUAGUCCAAGAUUACCAACGAAGAUCUAGCAGGGCUUCUGUUAAGAAGAACUAUUGUGUUGGCAAUCCUUUUCAUAAUUUUUACAGCGGAAUGAAUCAGAAAGAUCUAGAAAAAUCUCAAAAAUCUGAGUAUGAAGAUAACGAAGCAGAAUUCCUUGAAGGUGAGGGAGAGUACAAUGCUAAUUUCUCUAAACAAUGAAUACCUGCAAAGAAGAGUUUGAAAUAUGGUAAAUCUAGUGUAGGCUAUAAGCCAUUUCAAAGAAGGAAAUAUUAA